UGCCUCCCUGCAGGAGACUUUAACCACAGUAUAACAUAAAGACUGUUUUCUUGAAAUUACUCUGGGGAAGUUAAACACAGGACACAGUAUACUCUCUGACUUAACGGACCUCAGUCACAGUGAUGAAAAGAGGGGGGAAGAAGGACAAAAAAAAGGAAGGGAGGAAGCGAGUUCGAUCACAUGGCACUUGAAGUCAUUCUGAAAGUAUGCUACCGGGGUCCUGCCCACAGAAAUCUAAAAAGCUUCACUGUGAACAGUCGCAUCCAUGCAAAGAGCAUCAUUUUCAGAACCUUGAAUAGAUUAGCAGCGUCUAGCUGGUGGAUACAAAAUGGACGAGUCGGUGAUGAAAGAAAAAAUGACAAAUCAAACCACAAACUCCACUCAGAGGACCACCAUACAAUCAUUUUUCAUCCCAACGACAAUCAGCUCCACCACUGUUGACAUUUCCAUCUCAGGCAGCACCAAUUUCUCUGUAUUAGAGAGAAUUGCAGCCAAUGACAUAUCCUCCAGAGCUAACUACGUCUACAGUUUCUUCACUGGCCUGGGCUUCCUCGCAGGCUGCUUCCUGCUCUACAGCUUUAUUCAGACCUACAGGGCCCACAGACGACUGGCAUGGCUCGACUGCCUCAUCUGGGUUUUUUGCGGGUUCCAGCUGCUGCUCUUGUUCCUCUCUCUCCACAUUGUGGCGUACAGACCUCACUACCUGAAAACCACGGCUUUGGGUUGUGCUGCCCUCUCUUUUAGCAUCAACACAGCCUCGUUGUGUGGCUUGUUUGUCUUGGUGCUUAUGGCGUAUAUUCUCUCCCUUGAUCCCCCAUCUCAUGCCCUGCUGAGGAAGCCUGGGGUCUGCACAGCGGUAGUGAUCCUGUCUUCUACGCUCAUCUCUCUGCUGCUAGCUGGACUUCGUGGAUCCAGAAAUGGUCUCCAGGAAGUGGAGGAUUGUGUUAUUGAUCCAGCCCAUGCCGGUGUUUCAUAUGCAGCUGCUAGACUGUGUAUGUCAUUUCUGAUUCCCUACAUCCUACAACUAGGACUUCUGAUAUGUGGCUGCAUCCGUCAGUGGAAGUCUAAAGGACGUUUCCUGUCUGGCUCUGAGGAGGGCCCAAUGUUCCUGACGGUCAACGUAUUUAUGUUUUUCUGCCUGCUCUUUUACGGCAUAGUGCAGGUGAGAGGAGCCCACCUCGCAAAGAACAUGGUCCUGAACCCACGGGAGCAAGCCUUUCUGAGCAUUUCAGAGUGUGUGCUCUUUUCAGGGAGCAGCAUCAGCCUGGUGCUGGUCCUGUUCAUGCACAGACCAUGCCGAGAAAGUCUCCACGGAGUGUUGAGGCAGCUGAGGGACUGCUGUCAAAACCCAGGAGGCGCACAGCCCAACAGAAACAUCAUAGCUCCACACAUUGAGAUCACAGACACUCUGCAGGACAUUGAGUAAUAAGAGGAGAAGAGCUUUAUGUCAAAGACAGAACUGAAAGCUCAUAUAUUAGACAAACUGGAUUUCAGUUUUUAUUAUUUUAUUCUUAAAAAGUACCCUUUCUGUAACUGAUGCUGUAAAUGUUUCUAAGAUGGGCAUUUUAUUUUCUCUGGUGACUGAAAAGUUGCAAAGCUGUGUCUGAUUUUUUUUUUUUAUAUAUAAUAAAAUGUGUAAAGUUUUGCCACAAUAUGAUUCAUGUUUAUAUAGUUGUUGUAAAUUUUGAAUAAAAAACUGGAACUUACA